AUGUGGCCUCCAGCACUGUUUGUCACAUCACAUUCGCAGGUCACCAUGGGCGCUGCACCAUCCAACCCAGUCCCUGUCUUGCCAGCGAGAUACCUCUUCUCUUUCGGCGACUCAUACACCGCUACAGGCUUCGACAUCUCCGGUGCCCAACCCUCUCUAAGCAACCCGCUCGGAAAUCCGCCAUACCCUCAUACCACUACCUCCGGCGGCGACAACUGGGUAGACAUCGUCGUCUACAACAGUACACGGAAAGACACUGUGGCCUACAACUAUGCUGUCGGUGCCAAUUUCGUGAACAUGACAGCCGCUCAAGGUCAAGCUUAUGCACCAUCAGGACCAGUCAAAGAGCUCAAAGAUCAGAUGGAUCAGUUCCGCCAACUGCCAAAGACUAUUCUAUGGAAUGCGACAAACAGUGUGUUCUUCAACUUCUUCGGAGUCAAUGACAUCGCCGUUCAGGUCUUCUCCGGCCGCAGUUACGACAAUGCUACAAAGAUACUCGCACCAGACAUGAGCAACUACUUCACGCAGAUUGGUCAGCAAUACAGUCUGGGAGCACGAAGAUUCGUGGUGGUCCUCGUUCCACCGAUCUGGCGUGCCUCCGUCUUCGACUAUGGAAGGGCUACCACAGCGGCUACCGUUCGAAACUUGACAACUAUCUGGAACAAUGCAAUUCAAAGCUCUGCAACAUCUUUCCCGUCGAGAUAUCCGGGUGCCAAGAUGGUUAUAUUUGACCCAACAGCGACUUUCAACCAGAUCCUUGAUCAGCCGCAGCAGUACGGCGCGCCCAACAAUACCUGCUACAGCUACCCCGCUGGCCAGCCUUGUUUGUGGGCAGAUUUUAUCCAUCCUGGACUGGUGGUGCAGAAAGCUCUCGGCAAUGCGAUGAACACAUUCUUGAAGAGCAACGGAAUGUGA